AUGGCGGGUGACAGCAGAAACGAUGAGCGAGGCACUCGCCCCGUGCGCAUUGCCAAUUGCUCCGGAGGGCAGAUGGAACCCGGAUGGCAAAUGCGCAAACAGUGCGAAUUAGGCCCUAUAGAUUUCGUGACUGGCGACUGGCUGGCAGAAAACAACAUUGCCCAAGAGGCGGCGGCGAUGGACGCCGGGAAGAGUGAAGGAUUCAAGCCCAACUCCUGGCAAGCGUUGCAAUUGAGUAUGGACGUUAUCGCAAAGAAAGGAAUCAAAGUCAUCAUCAAUGGUGGAGCUCUCGGGCCUCAGAACCUUGCCAAGCGCUGCCAGGAGCUCAUCGAUGAGAAGGGCUACGAUCUCAAUGUUGCAUAUGUCUCUGGCGACAACAUCGUUAGUCGAGUUCGAUCAUCGCUCAAGGACCGUGGCAAAUUGCCUGACAGCUUCAUCGACAUGAGCGGGAGGAAUCACGAAGACGCCAAAUUCACAGCAGAUGAAAUCCUAGCAUCGACUGCUUACAUUGGAGCACGAGCGAUCGUGAAAGGCCUAGAGAAUGGUGCCGACAUUAUCAUCUGCGGGCGCGUGGCGGACGCAUCUCCCAUUAUUGGCGCUGCCUGGUGGUGGUUCGGCUGGUCUGACACAGAUUAUGAUAGAUUGGCUGGAGCCUUCCUCACUGGCCACAUUAUCGAAUGCUCGGCCUAUGCUUCCGGCUCUAACUUCUCUGGCUUCAAUCGGUUUCCGUUAGAGACAUUCAUCGAUUCGGGCUUCCCAAUUGCCGAAGUCGAAAAGGAUGGCUCUUGUGUCAUCACUAAGCACAAAGGCACGGGCGGAAUGGUCACUGAGGAAACGGUGAAGUGCCAGUUUCUCUAUGAGAUCCAAGGCAAUGUGUAUUUGAAUAGCGACGUCAAAGCCAUUCUCGACCAUGUCGAGAUUCAUCAGGAGGGCAAGGAUCGCGUUCGAUUCUCCAACAUCAAAGGUCGACCACCGCCGCCUACAACGAAGUUGGCCAUUUUCUUCCAAGGCGGGUAUGAAGCACAGAGUCUGGCCAACUUUGCCGGGUACUCGUCUAGAAGAAAGUACAAGCUCUAUGAGACCCAGAUCCGGCAACGAUUGAAGGAGAUGAACUUAUCCGAUGCCUUUGAUAUCCUCGAAUUCCAAGUUGUGGGCAGUCCUAAACCGAAUCCACAUUACAUGAUGGAGAGCACCACCUAUACCAGAAUCUUCGCUCAAGCAAAGAAGCCAGAACCGCUUUCCGCACUCAAACUCUUGCUCGCCGACAAUACGCAACAAAAGCCUUCAGGCCUUCAUUGGGCACAGGACAUGAGAACAGCAGAUCCCAAAUCGUUCUACGUUUACUAUCCAUGCAUCAUGCCGCAAGAUGAGAUCGAGGAAGCCGUACAUCUUCUGGAGAAAGGAGGGAAGACCAAGCAGACUAUCCCCGUCACUAGACCUCCGGGUCCAAAUGUCAACUGCGGUCUGUUCACAGAUCGUCCAGAGAUCUGGGAGUGGUUCCGAAGCUUCCUCACCCUGGACAGGAUGAAGAAGUUGAUCGGUGCAGAUUGGAAAGACGACUUCAAGAUCGAGAGGGUGGAAUUCCCAACAAUUUUCGCGGUCCACUUCGUCGUCUACGGCAUCCUUGGGCGGGGAGUGAGCAGUUCGACACUGCUGGAUAAUAGAGGGAAGGGGUUCACAGACUACAUUCGUGCAAAGCAUGUGGAUGUUCCCAAGAAGUUUGUGGAUGCUGGAUGGACGUGGGAAGAACAGGAUGAUUUUCAGGAUGCUUCAUAUGAUGGCAAGGGAUUCUAA